AUGAGCGGCACACAGCCCACGACCACCGACAGGUUUCCCCUCAAAAAACCUAUAAGGCAUGGAAGUAUUUUGAACCGAGAGUCACCAGCUGAUAAGAAGCAGAGAGUUGAGCGCAGUGCAUCACAUGACUUCGACCCCACAGGUCUUGUUCAGCGCUGUGUGAUCAUCCAGAAGGGUGACAAUGGAUUUGGACUGACGGUCAGUGGAGACAACCCAGUCUUCGUACAGUCUGUCAAAGAAGAUGGAGCAGCCAUGCGGGCUGGAGUACAGACAGGUGAUCGAAUCAUCAAGGUGAAUGGAACUCUGGUGACUCAUUCAAACCAUCUGGAGGUGGUAAAGUUAAUCAAAUCUGGUUCCUAUGUAGCUCUCACUGUUCAAGGACGCCCCCCUGGGAUGCCCCAGAUCCCUCUUGCUGAUUCUGAAGUAGAGCCAUCCGUCACUGGACAUAUGUCUCCUAUCACGACCUCUCCUCACUCACCGGGAGCAUCUGGGAACAUGGAGAGAAUUACCAGUCCUGUGCUCAUGGGGGAGGAAAACAAUGUGGUUCAUAACCAGAAAGUAGAAAUUCUGAGAAAAAUGUUACAGAAAGAACAGGAACGGCUGCAGUUAUUGCAGGAAGAUUACAACCGAGCUCCUACCCCAAAGUUGCUAAAAGAGAUCCAAGAGGCCAAGAAACUCCUCCCUCAGCUGCAGGAGCAGCUCUCCAAAGCCGCUGGCCCCCCGCAGGAUGGAGCUAUAAUCACAUCCUCCAAGCCUUUCAAUGACACCCCAGCAGUCAGUGAGGUGGAAGCAGACUCUGGUGACGGACUAGGCAGAGUUGACUGUAGCAGCGGAGAUGCAUCAUGGCCCAGCAGUGACAAUGCAGAUAGUCCUAAGAGUGGCCUGAAAGAGAGGAUUUAUCUAGAGGAAAACCUGGAGAAAAAUGAAGUGAUUCAGGACACUGACACUCAGUCACUUAUCGGGAGCCCUGCAACCCGCACAGCACCUCACAUUAUUGGAGCAGAGGAUGAUGAUUUUGGUACUGAACAUGAACAGAUCAAUGGGCAGUGCAGCUGUUUCCAGAGCAUUGAACUGCUGAAAUCUCGCCCUGCUCACUUGGCUGUUUUUUUACACCAUGUAGUUUCACAGUUUGAUCCUGCGACAUUGCUCUGUUAUCUCUAUUCAGACCUUUAUAAACAGACCAAUUCCAAGGAGACUCGUCGGAUCUUCCUUGAGUUCCAUCAAUUCUUCCUGGAUCGAUCUGCGCACUUGAAAGUUUCUGUUCCUGAUGAAAUAUCAGUAGAUCUAGAAAAAAGAAGACCUGAGCUUAUUCCUGAGGAUCUCCACCGCCACUAUAUUCACACUAUGCAGGAACGAGUUCACCCUGAGAUCCAGAGGCACCUGGAGGAUUUCCGGCAGAAAAGGAGCAUGGGGCUGACCUUGGCUGAAAGCGAACUGACCAAACUUGACGUCGAGAGAGACAAGGACCGGGUCAUCUUGGAGAAGGAGCGGGCAUGCGCAGAACAGAUUGUUGCCAAAAUUGAAGAAGUGUUGAUGACUGCUCAGGCUAUAGAAGAAGAUAAGAGUUCAACAAUGCAGUAUGUUAUUUUCAUGUACAUGAAGCAUCUGGGAGUAAAAGUGAAAGAACCUCGAAAUUUGGAGCAUAAGCGGGGUCGGAUUGGGUUCCUUCCAAAAAUCAAGCAAAGUAUGAAGAAAGAUAGGGAAGGCGAAGAAAAGGGGAAGCGAAGGGGGUUCUCCAGCAUCCUGGGGCCCCCACGGAGGCCCAGCCGUCCUGACAACAGUGCAAUUGGCAGAGCCAUGGAGCUACAGAAGCAGCGCCACCCGAAGCACUCACCCACACCUCCCCCUGUGAGUCCCGAGCCCCAGGAUACUGCUAAGUCUCGCCAGAGUGGGCCAGCAGGUGACGGAGCUGAUGCUGGGUACCUGCCCGCCGGCUCCGUGUCCUCAGUGGCUUCCGUGGCCAAUCUCUGCCAGGAUGGAGGGAAGGAGAAUGAUGCGGGGUCAAAGCCAGUGGCAGAAUCCCCAGCAUCUGCAGACCUCGCAGACGCCCCCCCUCGUGCUUCCAGUGCUGCCCUGGAGGUCCCGCCGCUGCCCUUGGACCAGGUGCAGGAGGAGGAAUGGGAGGCGGAAAGGAUGACUGAACAUGGGACACCAAAGCCCUUUCGAAAGUUAGACGGCGUCGCUUUUGGAGAAAGUCAAAGCGAAGAUGAACAGUUUGAAAAUGACUUGGAAACUGAUCCACCCAACUGGCAGCAGCUUGUUAGUCGAGAAGUGUUACUGGGACUGAAGCCCUGUGAGAUCAAAAGGCAGGAAGUGAUUAAUGAAUUAUUUUAUACUGAAAGAGCUCAUGUUCGAACACUAAAGGUUCUUGAUCAAGUGUUCUACCAGCGAGUGUGCAGAGAAGGAAUUCUGUCACCUUCAGAACUACGGAAAAUUUUUUCAAACUUGGAAGAUAUUCUUCAACUUCACAUUGGGUUGAAUGAGCAGAUGAAGACUGUUCGAAAGAGGAAUGAGACCUCUGUUAUUGAUCAAAUUGGGGAAGAUUUGCUAACCUGGUUCAGUGGGCCGGGGGAGGAGAAACUGAAGCACGCCGCCGCCACCUUCUGCAGCAACCAGCCCUUCGCUCUGGAAAUGAUCAAAUCUCGUCAAAAGAAAGACUCUCGGUUCCAGACUUUUGUGCAGGACGCUGAGAGUAACCCUCUGUGCCGGCGCCUGCAACUGAAGGACAUCAUUCCCACCCAGAUGCAGAGGCUCACCAAGUACCCUCUCCUCUUGGACAACAUUGCCAAGUACACAGAGUGGCCAGCAGAAAGGGAGAAGGUGAAGAAAGCAGCCGAUCACUGUCGUCAGAUCUUAAAUUAUGUAAAUCAGGCCGUCAAGGAGGCAGAAAACAAGCAGCGUUUAGAGGAUUAUCAGCGUCGCCUUGACACUUCCAACCUGAAGCUGUCCGAAUACCCAGACGUUGAGGAGCUCAGGAAUUUGGAUUUAACAAAAAGGAAGAUGAUUCAUGAAGGACCCUUGGUUUGGAAGGUGAAUAGAGAUAAAACUAUUGAUCUGUAUACAUUGCUGCUGGAAGACAUCCUUGUAUUGUUACAAAAGCAGGAUGAUAGGCUGGUGUUAAGAUGUCACAGUAAGAUUCUGGCAUCCACAGCUGAUAGCAAGCACACAUUUAGCCCUGUCAUUAAGUUGAAUACAGUGUUAGUUCGACAAGUGGCAACAGAUAACAAAGCUUUUUUCGUCAUUUCCAUGUCAGACAAUGGAGCCCAAAUCUAUGAGCUGGUGGCACAGACAGUUUCGGAAAAGACUGUCUGGCAGGACCUAAUCUGUCGGAUGGCCGCAUCGGUGAAGGAGCCGUCCACAAAGCCAAUCCCCCUGCCGCAGCCACCACCUGGCGAAGGAGACAGUGAGGAUGGCAAGCCUCCCAAGUUAAAAGCGGAGCAUCAAGGCAUAUCCGCUGCUGAUCUGCAGAGUCCAGACAGAGAUUUGGGAUUAGAAUCUCCCUUAAUAUCAUCAAAACCUCAGUCUCAUACACUGGGUACUUCUGGGAAAGCAGAGGCUGACGAACUCUCUGUGGCCGAGAGGCGGUUUGCCCAGGAACAGCAUGCAGAGGGAGCUGUCAAGGAAGCAGGAGUAAAUGAUCACAUCACAAUCCCAGACUUACACUUGCCUGUCUCGGAAGAGCGGUGGGCGUUGGACGCACUGAGGAACUUGGGCUUGUUGAAGCAGUUGCUGGCACAGAAGCUGAGUCCGGCUGAGAAGAGCACUCAGGAAGAUUGGCCACAUUUUUCAAGAUACAGGACAGCCUUCCCAUGGGUGCAGGCAGACAGUGGAACCCAGAACUUUGGAGUGAUGAAGGCCUGUCCCGGUGAAAGACAGAUGCCCUUGAGAGCUGGAGCAGGUAGCCUUUCAGCAUGCAGCAGUCCACCGGCCUCAGCGGACUCUCCUGCUCCUCAGGAUCCUGUGCUCCUGGCAUUCCAGCAGGGCCAGGCAGGUAGCAGUGCAGUGAUGGGCCACACGCCUGUGCCCCUGGAGGCUCCUCCUGCAGAGCCAGAAGGCAGUGUUGAUGAGAGUGGGGAGCACUUUUUUGAUGCUCAUGAAGUACACAGUGAUGAUAAUCCAUCCGAAGGUGAGGGAGCAGUUAAACAGGAAGAGAAGGACAUUAACGUACACAUCUCAGGAAACUAUCUGAUCCUCGCUGGCUAUGAAGCUGUGCAGGAGAGCUCCACCGAUGAGGAGGGUGCCGUCUGGCUCCCCCCGCAUUCCGCAGCGGUCCUGCCCACCACGGACCCUGCCCAGCAACAGCGGCCCUCUUCCCAGAAGGCUCUUUCUGACGGGGCAGUGUCACCAUUCACCCCGCAGCGCUGGGGAGCUCUGGAGGGGGCCUGCGUGGAGAUCCAGAGCCCCUUCGCGUGUGCAGACUCCCCGGGCCAGGUCCUGGAGUGCAUCCGCAAGAUAGAGGCUGCCCUGGAGCACUUAAAGAAGGUGGAGGAAAGUUACACCAUUAUUUGCCAAAGGCUGGCUGGGUCAGCCCUCACAGACAAACAUUCAGACAACGGCUAG